UGCGGAUGUAAACAUGUUUUGUUGUAUUUAAAAUCAGAUUAACUUCUGUCUAUCAUUGUCUGAAAUUAGAAAGUCAGUCAGUGUUUCCCCUUUGAAUAUUGCGUAGUAGGAAACAAAUUUCGUGUUUGCGUACAUACUUUGCGUGUUUGCGUGUUUAUGCAUGUAUUGCUGUAUAUAUUAUCUACAUACAUACAAAUAUAUAGUUGUUGGUGUUGCGAAUACAUCCUCUCACAGUCCAGAGAGCUUGUUAACAAAUAGACGUGACAUACACAUUCCCCAAAAGUUAGUCUCCAACCACCGCCUCUACUGCAAUAACCCUGAUCGCCUAACUUGACAUAAACAGCUUUGUUUGGAUUAUUUAUAAAGAAUCGUAAUGUCAACUACUAAGCAACAUCCGCGACAGAGACGAGUGGCCGUGUGCGGUUUCAGAGGUGUUGGUAAAUCCACACUCAUUAUACAGAUGGUAGAGGGCCGUUUUGUUGAUAACUACCACCCCACUAUAGAGAAUACGUUUCACAAGACAAUCAGCUAUCAGGGCAGGGAGUACCAGACAGAUAUUAUAGACACAGCGGGACAGG